AUGGGUGUUAAAUUAGAUAAACCUAUAGCAAAUGCCAAAAGCGGAUUUUAUACAUUUCAAAUAAGAGGCGGAAUAUAUCAUUCAAUAGGAUCUCUUUUACCGUCGGAUGGAAUACCAAGAGAUGAUAAUAACUUAGAUCAACGCGUAUACAAUAAACCAACAGCUUCUCAAGCCGCUGCCAUAUGGGUGGAAGGCAAUGAUCACAUAAGUUGUACUGAACGCGAUAUAAUAGUGCAAUCACGAUCACAAGGCUUACAAAGAGGUGACUAUGGUUGGCAUCCUAACAUAUUUCAAAAUAUGUCUAACGAAAAAGUCACUGCAAGGCAAUAUUAUGCUUACAAACUUCAUUUCCGAGAGCCUUUAUCAUUACUUUUUUUUGGUGGUCAACUUUUCCAACAGUAUAUUGUAGACAACUAUGUCAAAAUAGAAUCUGCGCGUUUUAAUUAUUUGCGUUUUACUCAACACAAAAUCUGCAAAAAACAUUAUCAAGGUCUACAAGACUCAUUUCAAUCAGGAAUAACUAAUGCAUCAGACAUAGGACAAAAAGUACUUUUACUCUCAUCCUUUAUUGGAGGUUCCCAUAAUAUGUACCAAAGAUAUCAAGACACAAUGACAUUAGUACAGACCUUUGGGAAACCAGACGUAUUCAUAACAAUAACGUGCAACCCUCGAUGGCCCGAAAUUACAACAGAACUAAUGCCAAUGCAAACUCCACAAGACAGACCAGACCUAACAGUACAAGUUACCAACAAAGAUGAAAUAAGUCAAUACUUAGACACUCGGUGGGUCUCAGCAUCGGAAUCAUGCUGGAGAAUUUUCGGGUUUGACCUGUCGCAAAUUAAUCCUUCUAUACUACGACUUCAAAUCCACCUUUCCGAUAAACAAAAUAUAACAUAUCCUGAAUCAUCAGACAUAACUAACAUUCUCGCAGAUGAACAAAAUAAGAAAACAAUGUUAACUGAGUACUUUGAAGUAAAUAAAGUUGAUUCAGAAGCACGAAAUUACACAUACCGCGAAUUUCCCCAACAUUAUGUUUGGAACAAAACUUCAAAAAAAUGGACAAAACGCAAGCAAAAAAAAAAUGAUAGGAAGAAUUUAUACUGUCAACCAAAGUGA